GAACUUGCCACGGAUGAUAACGCUCGACCUAUCCGCACAAAAGGCGGACGCACCGACCCGACGAGCUAUCACCGAGCUGUCUCUGUCGGUGGCCAAAUGCAAGAAAAUUGUCGUCGUCACAGGCGCUGGCAUUUCUUGUUCAUCGGGCAUUCCGGAUUUCCGCUCCUCAGACGGCCUCUACGCUCUGGUCAAGUCGAAAUAUCCCGAUGUCGUGCUCAAAGGACGAGAUUUGUUCGACGCGUCUCUGUUCCGGGACCCCACAUCGACAGCCGUAUUCCACACGUUCAUUGCGCAACUAAAACAAGCUAUCGACGGAGCUGAACCCGGUCCCACACACCAAUUCCUCCAAAUAUUAGACUCUAAGAAGAAGUUGCUGCGUUCAUAUACCCAGAACAUCGACGGAUUCGAGGCUCGCGCUGGAUUGCUAGGUAGUGCCAGCGACCAGGCGAAGGCAGUUGGGAAAGGGAAAGCAAAGAUAAGGACGAGGGAAGUGCGCAAUGUGCAGCUGCACGGCGACAUCCACCGUGUCCGAUGCAGGUCGUGCUCAGCUGAAUACCCCUGCGUCCAUGAGCAUCUUGUAUUCUUCCUCGAGGGUCUGGCCCCUGAUUGUCCCGAAUGCUUGACUCGUGCUGAGGCGCGCGCUGCUCGAUCCGCACGGACCAUCAAAGUAGGCCAACUUCGGCCGGCUAUUGUCCUCUACGACGAGCCGCAUCCCUUAGGCGACGAGAUCGGGAUCAUUCAAACUGCGGACCUUUCUCGCAAACCGGAUAUGUUGAUCAUCAUGGGCACUUCGCUCAAGGUACACGGAUUGAAGAAGCUUGUCAAAGAGUUUGCGAAGACCGUUCACGGUUCUAGUACCCCCGAGAACGGGAAAAAGUGGGCUGGGAAGGUGGUGUUCGUUAAUCGGACGCCGCCUUCGUCUGAAUGGGCUGGGAUCAUUGACUAUCAUGUUGCCGGUGACACCGAUACAUGGGUCGAGAGGGUUGUCGAGGACUGGAAGAAGAGCAGACCGGCAGACUGGGAGGUCCAACAGACUCUCGUCGCAGGCGAUGGCGACACCAGCAUGAGUAACGGGUUCAAGGUCGUCGCUGCAAUCAAACCGGCAGGCAAGGCGGGUCGUAAAGAUCCCAAGAAGAGACCUCGCGUCGAAGGAGAGAACAUACCGCCGCAACCGACUGCAAUGGUCCUGAGCACGCCAGACAUCAGUGCUGCACCACUGAAUGUUUAUACCCCACCAUUGUCUCCAAGCAAGAGACGUUCUCCGAACGGGCAUUACACUCCCGAAUCCAGUCCCUCGAAGAAGCGAACAUUUUCGCCUAUGAAGGGGCUCGAAGAUGGCGCGCGUGGUCUCUUAUUCAAACAGUCAAGUAUCGAUUCCGAGCUCUUCGACGACCUGAACGAUCUGUCCAUGCGGAGUCCCCCCAAGCCUCGCCCUGUUCGAUCCAGACGGGCCGUGCCUGCUUCUGGUUUGUAG